AUGUGUGAACUCGAUAAUGAAGAUAAAUCUCUUAACAAAAUUGAAAUGGAUUAUGAGAUUAAUUAUGAUAAUAUGAAUAGUGAAAUAAUGAAUAAAGGAAAAGAAGUUGAACGAUAUGAGGUCAAAAAAAACGAAGAAAAAAAAGACUCUGGUGAUUUAUUUUUUGAUUUAUUAGAUUCUUCUCGGUUGAUGAAAGAUAGUAAUCAAGGUUGUUUCGACAAACAAUUAUUCGAGCAGGCAAUAGUUAUUGGUGAGAAACUUUCUACAAUUUCUGGGAUUGAUCUAUGUUUUCGAGCCAUGCGUUUGAUAAAAGAAAAAUAUCCUGAAAUUUUAGUAACUCUUGAGAAACCCUAG